AUGUCGAGCAGACUCGGAAAGAGUCCGUCCAGAAAUGUCACCAUAUCUCGACCUUCUUCAUCUUCAGGAAUUCCAACAAUUCGGGCGUUAUUUCGCCGUCAGCUUGAGUACGUGCACUGGAAGAGCCGUGCGACAGGAAGUUUGUGUGUAUGUGUGUCUGUGCUGCUCAGUGGGAUGGUUUCAGAUCUCCCUAAGGUGCUGAUACUGGGGGCCAUCGCUGCGGCCUCUGCCUUUGUGGUCACCAUCCUCAUCGUACUGGUGUGUGUGGGGUGUCAGAGAAAAAGCAAAAGAAAACAUGCCCAAACCAAUGGAGGGGGUCAGAAAACAGAAACAGCUGCUCUGCGCCAUUCCAAGCUGAACUCCUUGAGUAAAUCUGACACCCGUCUGUAUGACAUGAACCGGUUUCCCUGCAACGCCAAUGGCGCCCCUAAGAGCCGACCGGCCAGCAUGGACCUUCUUCUCCUGCACACCCGCCGCUCAAACUCUGACCUCCACCCCCUGAGCUCUGCCCGCCAGAUGCCUCGAGUGCCCAUCACCUCUGAGAAUGAGGAGCGUGAACACACCUACUCCGUAGUCUGCCGUCGCCCGUCUCCCAAGCCCCCCCUCACAGACGAUGGCCUUUACGAGAGUGUUGGGAUCAAGGGGGCAGGACAUGAUGCAGCUGCCCCGCCUCCUGUUCCUCCCCCGACAUUAACCAACAUGCCCGCCAAGUGCCACGCCCACAGCCCGACGCUCAGUAGGAACAGCCAAGGCAGGGAAGGUAUGAAUGGUGCGAAUCAGGAGGCAGUGACGGCAGAGUACGCUUCCAUACGGAAGGUGAAGAAGCUGGAGCGCAGCAGGAGGGAGGAAGUGGUGGAAGAUGAGCAGGAGCAGCACAUUGUGUCCAGCACUGAGUCCUCCAGCAGCACUUUGCACAGGAAAACAGUCGAGCCAUUUCACCUGCCCAAUUUCCCAAAGGAGGCAGUGUUCAUGGGCAACGGUGAGCAGUACAUUUGGAAACCACCAGAAGAGGAUGAAAUCAUGAUGCCGGGGGUCCCUCCACUGGAGAAUGGGCACAGCCAUCCUACUGCAAUGGAGAUCUCUGACAUGUACUCUACUGUUUGUAAGACCCUGAAGAGGAGACACCAACAGGGCCAAAGCCAAGAGGAAAACAGGCUGACGGCCUCUACUGCAUCCCAAGGGGUGGAGCGGGGUUCGGGGGGCGCCGUGGGUUGGCCCGCUGGCGGUGCUUCGGGGGAAGAGGCAUGGGGGAGGAGUUGCCCCCAGGAAGAGCCUUGCUAUGAACCAGUGGGCGAGAAGACGUGGCCCCAUGGCCUGGCACUAGAGUCAGACCCGGCUUACGCCACCAUUGAUUCACACCGGAAGCGGGAGAAGCUGGCCAGCAACACACUGAAGGCCAAAAAGAAGCCUGGGGGUCCGCCUCAGGGGCCAGGAAGAGACAUGACCUGUGAGAACUUUUACGAGAAUAUCAGUGACUUAAAGCAAGGGGCAAAUGCAGCAAGCACCACCACUAUCUUUACCUUUAACGACGGAAUGGAAAUCUGGUCAGGCUGGGAGUCCAGCAAACUAGCUUAG